CAAAGGACACCAGGUCAAGGAAUGCUGGUUGAAUCGUACUGUCGGUGUCGUCAGCAGGACUCAGCUCGCGCGGGUUCCAUGCGAUGGUGUGGUGUAGUGUGUGGAUGUCCAAGAUAUCGCGAGCCUGGGGGUGGCGAAAAUGAUUAUAGCUCAGGUACAUGGAAUGGGGGUUCCGCCAUAUAAGACGUCCGGCAAAAUGACACGCAAUUCUCAAGUCGGCCUGCAGAAACUCGGUGAGGUCGAGUAUUUUCGUCCUUUCGCGUGUUGCGUGCGCCACCCACGGCGGGACCGAGAGCUUUCGUGGCGUCGGUUAUGCCCGUGUGUGUGGCUCAGCACUUUCCAAGGUUCUCCGCUGCACCCGACAAGGAUGCUGACGGAGUCGACGAGGCGGACAAGCAGAGACUGGGACGGCGGUGGAUGAUAUACUCGUCGGAGCCCACGCGUCCCUGCGCUCGUACCGUAAGGGUCCUCGGUGCGA